AUGCCUCGGCGCCAUCCACUUGCUCGGGUGCGGCAGAGACAGCUGUCGCGGGGGGUGGAGGCAACCCUGGUAUUUCCUGGCUUUGGCGGAAUCAGCAAGAAGAGGAGGCCGGUGAUCCUCUACACCGAGGACAACGGAGAGUCCAUCUGCUGGAUCAAGACCGGUGCCAAUGGGUCCGGCGAGCCCUACCGCAUCCGGUGCAAGACCCUGCUAGAGGUUAGGGACAAGUCGGGCGCGGGUUCGAGUGCUGAGAGUCCGGCAACAGUGGCGGGGAGCGGCGGAGAAUUGCAUGAGGUCGAGGGGGCUUUCGGUUCGGAGUGGGGUGAGCAAAAGGAGGACGCGGGGGGGGUAGGGGGAACCAGCAGCGGCUACGGUACAGCUGCUGCUGCUGCUGGCGUGCGGAUCAACCUCAAGUGGCUACCGCAGCCGACGUGGUCGAGGCGGACGGUGAAGCUCGUGGAUGUUCAGACGGCGUGCCCGGGCAUGUUUACGAGAGGGAUGCAGCAGCUUUUGUCUUUCAACACCGACCUUCAGAGCUAUUAUUAGGCGGAGCUGGGGGGGGGGAGGGUUGCCUCUGCGAGCUGGACUUUCUAGAGGACGAACGAAAACAGCCAGAAGAAGAAGGGAAAAAGGCGUGAGUUUCCUCGGUGUCGUGUAGAGUAGGUCGGUCAUAUACCCGUACCGCUGUCUUGUCAUUUCGUCGCAUUCCUGCCUGGUACAGCAGUACGUGUUUGAAGUUUUGGUGUACUUGCAAUUUGCGAUGAUCUGUUAGCGAAAUCUGCUGCUUGUGCGCAUGACAGAGAGAAGAGAGAGAAAAGGAAGUGGCUUUUUCUAAAAAUUGGCAGCGGAGAUGAUGGUAUCUGACACCUUUUUCUAACUUCGGAGUAUGGAGUGUUUUUGUACUCCGCCUUUGGCACGCUUUUUCCUUUCGUGGUACCUGUGAUGUCGUGAAAGAGAGGCAAUUGGGCGUGCCUAAGGGGUUGGUUGUGCUUCUCGAAAAAACGGCGGCGAGGAGGACGCAAAAGUUCGACACUCUCUCGUCGCGUCGGGAUAUCGGGAAAAUAUGCCCGGAAAUUGAAAGUUGUUUCAGGAAAAAAUGACUGAAAUUUGGGUUGUGUUGGCCGAGAUUACAUGAUUACAUCCCGACGAGGAACCAGUAAUUUUGUUGAAGCUGUGGGUGCCUCUUCCCUCUUCCCCCUCGUCCACCGCAAUGUAUUGCAUCUUAAACACGGUACCGUAGAAUGUGUAUAAAGGUGUAUAAAGGGUGUGCGUGGGUGUCAUCUUGCAAGUUCGUUUUUUGUUUUUUGCAGGGAAGGUUGUUUCGUCUCACUCGCCUUGUGGGUGUUUCCAGAGGAAUUUUUGUUUUUUCCACAAAAAGUUUACCCUGAAGGUUCGACUUGACUCCGUGCCAGUCCUCGUCUUUUAAUCGGGACACCAUGACUUGAUGUGAUUAUUUUUUUUCGUGGCAACCACGUUUGUGAUAUUUUCUUUUGCAAGUUCGGUGGUUGGUUGUUGCGUCGUGCUUGCUUGCGCUUGGAGUGUCUGCGGAGGAACCGACGGAUUGGAUUUCUUGUGUCUUGGUUUUUUAGGUAAAUACUACUCUCGGUGAAGGUAUCGCCCCUAGAACCCCGCCUGACCAAUAGUUAAGAACGCCGUUGUACAGUUUUGAAAAAAAUCGGCAGGGCAGUCGGCGAGG